AUGCAUGGAAAAGGAAAGGAGAAAGAAAAAAAAAAAAUUAGGGGUUUGAGGGGCCAUAGGUCUUUUCUGGAUGUGGUGAACAAUACGGAGGCCCUAGCGGUAGAUUCAAUGGUGAAGGAGAGCAUGAAACUUAGUUUUGAUCCGGAUCCAGAAUCGUUUUUCAGAUUGAAGAAAUCUUAUAUGGAGAAGGUUGUAAACCCAAGUAUGGCUUACAACAUUCAAAACUGUUUUGAGAUUGAAGGCUAUUUUCAAAUCAAAGUUACGUCUAUCGGGGAUAAUUUGUGUUUAUUAGAGGAAGUCGAAGAUGGUGUUAUCAAUGAUCUCAUUAAUAAGGGAAAUAGUUGA